AUGUCCACAAAUGUUGGGUCUGCUGGUGAUAUCAACCACGAGCCCGCCCUCAACACCGCCCAGGGCACCACGACAACUUACAAUGAAAAAUCCGCCCUCCAAGUAGACGGCGAGAAGUUUGACACAGAGGCUCCAAAUCUGAUUCACAAUACUCAAGUUGACUCAGGUCAAGAUGCCCAAGAGCAGGAGUCGACGCUAGAGGGUGGGGCGUAUCGAACGGCCUCUACAGUGGCUCCGUCACAGAGGUCGGCUCGAAGAGACCCCGUCAGUCGAGUAACGACAGAUCCUGAAGGAAACACCUACCCCGAGGGCGGACUUGAAGCCUGGCUCGUUGUGCUGGGGAGUUUCCUUGGCCUGGUUGGAUCGCUGGGCCUGGUCAACAGUAUUGCCACGUUCCAGGCGUACAUCCAGACUCAUCAAUUGAAAGAGUACAGCUCAGGAAGUAUCGGCUGGAUCUUUGGAAUGUUUGCCUUCCUCACUUUCUUCUGCGGAGUGCAAGUCGGCCCCAUUUUUGACGCACGAGGUCCCCGUCUUCUGGUAUUUAUUGGUUCCGUAUUCGAAAUGGCAAUGAUUAUCUUGAUCGGGUUUUGCACCCAAUACUGGCAUUUCAUGCUGGUCAUCGGUGUAUUGGGAGGAACAGGAGCGUCUCUGAUCUUCACUCCUGCAAUCUCUGCGAUCGGUCACUAUUUCUACGAGAAGCGUGGUGUUGCAACUGGCAUUGCUGCGACUGGUGGUUCCGUAGGAGGCGUGGCCUUCCCUUUGAUCAUGGAGAGCCUUUUCCCAAAGAUUGGCUGGGGAUGGGCCACCCGGGUUGUUGCAUUGAUUUGCCUGAUCGUGCUGGGAGUUGCAAACCUCUUAAUCAGAUCUCGACUCCCCCAGAAGCCGUUCUCCAAGGAGAACGUGCUACCUGAUUUCCGAAUCUUCCGAGACUCAAGAUUUGCCCUGACCACCGCCAGUGUCUUUUUCAUCGAGUGGGGUCUUUUCGUACCUAUCAGUUACAUCUCCGUGUAUGCCCUCGACCAUGGUUUCUCAACCCAAAUGUCAUACCAAAUCAUUGCCAUCUUGAAUGCCGGUUCAUUCUUCGGCCGAUGGCUUCCAGGAUUCUUUGCUGAUUUCUUGGGUCGCUUCAACACUUUAAUCGCGACAGUUGCUCUCUGCCUGCUUUGCAAUGCUUGCCUUUGGCUACCUGCCGGAAGCAGCCUGGCGCUGCUCAUUGUUUACUCUGCACUAUUUGGCUUUGCAAGCGGUAGCAACAUCAGUCUGACCCCCGUGUGUGUUGGUCAGCUCUGCAAAACUGAACACUAUGGCCGGUACUAUGCAACUGCUUACACCAUAGUGAGCUUCGGUACCCUCACUGGAAUUCCCAUCGCAGGUGAAAUCUUGUCGCGUUGCAAUGGAUCCUACUGGGGUCUCAUCACUUUCACAAUCUGUUGCUAUGCGGCCGGUCUCGUAUGCUGCACCGCUGUGAAGGUCAUCCACGUCGGCUGGCGCAACCCCCUCGCCAUCUAUUAA